AUGAUUGACUUCUUCAAUCUAUGGAUAUGCAUUGAAAUUAUAUCUUUGUUUCUAUCUAUCUAUCUAUCUAUCUAUCUAUCUAUCUAUCUAUCUAUCUAUCUCAUCUCUCUAUCUAUCAAUCUCAAUAUGUUCAUCUCUUCUCUGCCUAAAUCUGUUUCUAUCUAUCUAUCUAUCUAUCUAUCUAUCUAUCUAUCUAUCUAUCUAUCUAUCUAUCUCUUAAUAUCUCUCUAUCUAUCAAUCUCAAUAUGUUCAUCUCUCCUCUAUCUAAAUCUGUUUCUAUCUAUCUAUCUAUCUAUCUAUCUAUCUAUCUAUCUAUCUAUCUAUCUAUCUAUCUAUCUCUUAAUAUAUAGUUUAAGUUCUAAUAAAGAAAGAAAAUCACUAUCUCUCUAUCUAUCUAUCUAUCUAUCUAUCUAUCUAUCCCGGUCUGUUCAUAUCUAUCGCAAACUGUGCAUAUCAUUAUAUCUAUCUAUCUAUCUAUCUCUAUCUAUCUAUCUAUCUAUCUAUCUAUCUAUCUCUUUCUCUCUCUCUCUCUCUCUCUAUAUAUAUAUAUAUAUAUAUAUAUAUAUAUAUAUUUUUUCUACAAUAUAUUGA